AUGUUUCAAGAGGAUCCGGAACAGCCUGUCGGAAAGAAGCAUAUCCCUCCAGUGGCACUGGCGGUUACACAGUCCAAGGCUGCUAGACCCACGGUGGUCCGCAAAAAGUUUGCCAAGCCCCCCGUCAAAGUAGCUUGUUUAGCCUGUCGUGCUUCAAGAACACGUUGUGAUGGAAAAGACCCGUGUAUAAAGUGUUCCAGUAGGAAUAAGUAUUGCUCUUAUUUGCCCAGUAGAAGGGGUGGUUCAAGGAAGACAAACAAGCCAUACAGUACCGCAGAUUCUCAACGGGGUGGCGUCGAGGACUCUACUACUACCCUCCCGGUAUCAGCGGAUUCUGACGAUUCAUCCGGUAUGGUCGGCCAGAUUGACGUCCUAUCAGUCCCCAGGGCAGGGCUGAGAAGCUCGGACUUCCCCAUCCAUGUCCACCCCGUUUUUGCCGAUCUCUUUGUCCCAAACACUGAUCAUAAUGCCUAUGGCCAACUGGAGCCGACCCGUUCACCACCAGAUAUUCCGUCUCGGGCCUUGGUUAGAACAUACGGCAGCGAAGAUGCCAUUCUUAACGCGUACUAUGACUUGAUCCAUAAUCACUUUCCCAUGCUUCCACCAAGGGUUGAACCACAGGCUCCUGAUCAGCCCCUAGAUUAUGUCAGCUCAAUCACAGAUUCGCCAUCAGAACAGCCAAUACUCGUCUACAAGCCACGGUCUCCUUUAAGUCUUUCAAUUUCGGCGAUUGUGGCACUGGUUCCGCACCCAAAUGACCCAGAACCGUGGGGAGCUGCGUCUGUCAUCUGCCGCCGUACAUUUGCGCACAUGUAUGCACAGCUGGCAAAUGAAGCUAUCAAGACCGACUGCGAGCUUCACGCCUGGUCUACCCAUCCUCCAGGGGCGUUGACCACCGAAAGGCCUCUUGUAGAUCGAGAGCCAUUUCAUCCGAAGACACCAGUGGAACUUGAAAGCCUUCUAGCACUUCUCGUGCUUUCGACAUACGAAUACAACCAACAAGGUAACCUCAUUAAAAUGCGAUACCAUGCUAAUCAGGCUCUGGCCAUAGCGCUGGACAUGUCUCUGCAUUCUCUUGGCGAAGGAUUUGAUAAAUUUGCGGAAGCUCGCCGGAGAGCGUGGUGGAUGACUUACUACUGUGUUCUUCAAGGUUCUAUUGUUAGCACCACGCCCCUAGGAAUCAUUGCGAAUGAUCCUCAAUCUCUCACGCCUUAUCCGCGAUUCUCGGCUGAUCCUGAUGGAUGGUCUGUAUUAAUACAGGCUCAGCGAGUUCUAGCCUCAGCAACUCAUUUUAUCCUUAAUCUCAUUAGGUGUCCAUCUGCGAGGACCAACAUACCAUACAUUUAUGAGCGGAUGCAGCAACUAGAAACAUGGGCAAGAUCUGUUUUGACACAGUCGAAUGUGCUUCCGAUCUGGCCCCCGUCUAUGGGCUGUGGCGGUGAAACAGAAUUUACAACAGCUAAAACCAUACGUGCAAUAGCACGGAGCAAAUUGUUCAGCGCCGAAAUCAAGGUGCGCCGGUUCAGAGCUCUCUUAAAGCACUGCGAUCACAUCUCGGUGAAUUCAAAUAACACAGUGCCGAGUAAAACCUUAUAACAUGGCAGGUCCCAAAAUAGAAUUGGCAGCAUUGGAUGUCCAUGUAGCCAGGAACCGUUCAGCAGGCAC